AAGCUGUCUUGUUCAAGGAAAUAAAACCCCUGCGUACUAUUUUAUUUAUUUAUUUUUAUUUUUUUUUUCCGUGAACUGUUUUUAAAGCAGAUUUAACGAGCAGGGCUCAUUAAAUGAGCGGAGUCAAAUCCCGGAGCGCUGUUUGCUGGGCUCUGAUAACGAGGUUCCUCGUAACCCCAAGGGCUCCAUUGGCCCCACGCACGGGGGAAGGGGGAGGAAGGAAAGGUUUUGCCACUUUACUGUGAAGGUCGUGGCUUUUUUGGCAGCGAUUUGAAAGAAAACAAACAAACAGGUUCUUGUCUCUGGUUGCCCAACAGCUCCUUGCAGAUAAGGAGGGUGGUUAACGAAGUGGUCAAGCUUGUGGCGUGUUCUUGCAGUUGCUUAAAAGGCUUCCUUGCCACCGGGUCUGGGUUCUUGAGAAACUGGCCAGAAAAAAACAUCUCGUUGCUUCACUUGCCCAUCCGCCAACUUGCCUUGUGCCUGUGGGGUUGUGGAUGGAGCUGGUGGCAGCAUCAAAGUGUGGGAUGUUUGGCCCCAGAAGGGCUUUACCUGCUGGAGGAGGAGUGGAGGAACAUCAACAUCUCCAACAUCUGUCCAAGACACUGCUAAAAUCCAAAUAUCUGAGCCCAGGAUGAGCAUUGGCAGAUGAAGGUCCUCUCCAGGCUGCUCAUUGCAGACCCCAACCCAGCUUGUCCCACCUUGGCUACUGCCUCCUUUGCUAGUCCCUGGCCUUGCCCAACACCCCAGUAACUCGCUCUGCUUUCCUCCCAGCCACCACGAUGCCCCUGUCUCAGAGCCGGGCCGGGCAGAUGCCAUGCAGCAGUAAGGUGUGCAGGAACCUCUUCGGCCCCGUGGACCACCAGCAGCUCCAGAAUGACUAUGAGGACAUGUUGAGGCAACAGCUGGAAGAAGCUCAGCAGCGGUGGAACUUCAACUUUGAGACGGAGACUCCCUUGGAAGGACAGUUCAAGUGGGAGAGGGUCUUCCUGACUGAGCAGCCAUCCCAGGAGGUCCACAGCCUGGUCAAGGUCACUGGCAGCGAGAGCAGGACCUCCUUGGUCUCCCCCAAGGACCACCUUGGCAGGAUUUGCCCUGAGGGCUCUCAGCAGAGCUCGGAGGUUUACAGGGCUGGUUCUCCACGGAGCUUGAAGCGUGGGCAGCCCACCAUCAAAGACUUCUACAGCUCCAAGCGGAGGAACAUCCCUGACAAGCCCAAGCCUGACAAGCCCAAGCUGUGACCUGGUGGUCCUCUGCUCCGCUGCCAUCGGGGACAGCUGCCCGUGCUGACGUGCCCUGGGGGUGUCCGUGUCUCUUUUCCCCCACCCUGCAGCGUGUGAGCUGUCUGUAUGACGCCGUGUAGAGUUUGUAGUGUCCUAUUUAUGAGUAGCUCUGGGGUCCUGAGGGCCCUUCGCUGUGUGCAAUGUAAAGGAGUAGCCCACGUUGAGGCUCGUAGCCCCACAGAGGGGUUGGAGGAGGACUGAAGAGAAGAGUGUGUGUCUCCUGCCCUGUGUUGGUGGGGCCAAGCAUUGUCCUUGCACCAUCCUGUUGUGGUCCUUCCCCUGCCUGAUGACAGGCCACGCAGGACACUUGUGUCCCAGCCACCUGGUGGCACCAGAUAUCCUUAAGAAAGUGGCACAGAUAUGGAUUGUAGAGCCCUGGGACAGCCUGGCCCUGGGGACAACCCUGGCUGCUGGCAUGUGGUGGUGGCCCCUCUUCCCAUCGGGAAGGACCCAGGUGGCAAGCUCCUGUCCAUGUGUGGAAGUGGAGUGACAUGGAGGCUGCUCCUUUCCACAACUGCCUGGGAGAGGAAACGCUCUUCCCCGGACAGCCCUUCCUUGGGGUGACUCACUGGUGCUGUCACCAUCAGAGAUGGGCUCUGACCAACCUGCUGGAGGCCCCCAGCGCUGAGCUCAUGGUGGGACCAAUGCUGCCUUUGGGGGUCCCCUGGAUUCUGCUGCCCCAAAACCCCACUUUCUUUCUUUGCUGUUGGCUCGUUGAGUUUGCCCUCCUGUUCCUGCCUCCUCCAACGCUGACACCAGGCUGGGGAGCUGCCUGCUCUGGCCAUGUUGGACUGCUCUAGGAAGGAAGGAAGGAGUCCUGCUUGAAAGAAGAAAAUGUAGCUUUUCUCCUGGACUUUUUCUCCUUUGGGGCUGAGGAAGAGAGAGGACCCUCACCUGGCUCUGCAGAGCGAGCAGCUUUGGUCACCUCCAGGACCAAGGGAUGUCUUGGAGUGAAGGUUGCUUGGUCCCAGCACUGAAGGAUGGGUCUCUGCUCCUGAAGGACUCAAGACUGUCAGGUCUCAGCACUUUGAUGGGGUCCAUCUCCUGCUCUGCUGGAUUUGGACUCGGGGAGGGGGGGGGGAAACUGGUGCAAGAUGGUCCCAGGCAGAAGAGGAACGGGAUCGACCUCCCGCCUUGCACCGCGAUGCACUUUGCUGUCGGUGAAGCUGGCAAGUUCCCAGCAUUAAAUGUUUAUUUAUAAAAAAAAAUAAUAAUUAAUAAAUGCUAUUAAGUCUAUAUGGGGGGGGGGGAGGGGAAAUACCUGUUUGUCUGUUAAUGUUAACUCCAAAUAAACACUCAUCUUGUGUAGGGGAA